AUGGAUAUGUUCGCACUUGUUCCCCACUACCAAAAAUUUCUCAAGGACUUGGUAUUGGAGAGAUCAAAAGAGGUUCAAGGCAUGGUGGUACUGAGUCUCAAAUGCAGUGCAAUCAUUCAGAAGAAGAUUGUACCAAAGAAGCUCAAGGAUCCUGGAUCAUUCACUCUUCCUUGCUCCCUCGGACCUAUGUCUUUUGAUAGGUGCCUUUGCGAUCUUGGCGCUUCAGUUAAUUUGAUGCCACUCUCUGUUGCUACGAGGGUGGGUUUCACAAGGUUCAAGGGUUGCGACAUCUCUCUCAUCCUUGCAGAUAGAUCAGUGAGAAUUCCAAAAGGUAGUUUAGAAGACUUACCUGUCAGGAUAAGAGACAUGGAAGUGCCAACCGAUUUUGUGGUGCUGGAGAUGGAUGAAGAACCAAAAGAUCCUUUGAUCUUAGGAAGACCGUUUCUGACAACUGCUGGAGCUAUCAUUGAUGUCAGAAAUGGCAAGAUCGAUCUUAAUCUAGGAGAUGACUUCAUCAUGAAGAUGGAGAAGAAGGGUUCUUGA